UAGAUGAAAAAGGGGUGCGGGGCUGGUUAACAGAGAGAAUCUGUUUACUCUUUAAGUCUUUGCAGUGGAGGCCUUCUAUAAGACAAUAGCCGGUUGCAUUAAACAUCUGCCCAACAUAUGUAUCUUUAUCAAGACACCAUCUCUAGCCUUUACUUAACCAAGAUCCCCAAAGCAGGGGGUGUUUUAAGUUGGAACUGGCAUCUCCUAGUCUUUGCCUAAAAAAGCAUAUCCUACAAGGCAGCAGGACAUGAAGCAGUUGCACCAAGAGAAUAUUGCACAAGAUUCACACCUUUGUUUGAUGGCUUCAGGUAAAAACUGUUUGGAACAGAGUUCAGAAAUAGUAACAAACACAAAACAAGAACAUAUUUUCUUAUCGUGCAAAGUCGACACAGAUUAUAUUAAAGUCUCUCAAAUAAGAUGGACAAGAAAUAACAAGGAAAUCAACUUGGGUCCACCCUACACAAUUACAUGGGAGAAAGGAAAAGUGUUAAUGAUUAGACCAGUGAUUAUUGGUAUUACUGAUGGGUAUUACGAAUGCGUUGCAAGUUUAGAAUCAGCUGAAAUAAAAAAAAGCGUCAAAGUUAUUGUAAAAAAUGAGUUACCUAGUGGUUUUCCGAUUAUUAAAGCACACCCUGUAGAUAUACGCCAACCUGAAAGAAAAAUUAUUGAUUUUAAAUGUGAGGUUUCUGGUAAACAACCACUGCAAGUAAUAUGGUUUCACAACAGGAUCCCAAUUACCUGUAACAAUAACCAUCAUGUAUGUACAUACAAUCCAUCGGAUAAAAGUGAUUUUAUAUCAAACUUGAGCCUUCGCAACGUAUCAAACUCUCACACUGGAUUUUACCAAUGUGUUGCUUUUAACGAAUAUGGACAAGCAGUAUCCUAUCAAGCUAUGUUUACUGUAGCUCCCAAAAGAAUUAGGAAAACAGCACUCAAUCAAAAGCUACAGCCUGUACCUUGUCCAGGCUUUAUUGAUGAUUCAGUAGCUCAUAAUCUUAGCAAGACAUAUAGCACUUUAAGAAUUUGCUGUGAAGGUCAUGAAACUCGUUAUCCAAAUUUGCAAUGGUCCAAUCCUUCUUUUAGAAAUAGCACAGUGAAGAGUUUGGUACUUGGUAUAUUUCCUAUAUUUGGUCAUUAUGGAUGCUUCUUAUUAGACAAAACUACCACAGAGUUCAAGUUUGAACCUGAUAAGGGAUAUCAGAUUGAUGAUUUAUUUGAAGGAUAUAUUACCACAUUCCCUGUUGCUGAAGAUUCUCUAAUUAGUUUUUUUCAAUUCAAUGGUUGCAAAUCUGAUAAUGGUUGCCAAGUAACACCAGUCCCCAUGUCAACAAUGAGCAAACAGUCUAGUGGUUUUGCAGCUUAUAAGAAUGAAUUUUACAUAACUGUUUUUGUUUCUUUAAGUGUAUUUUUUGCUCUUGCUGGUGUGUGGUGUUAUAUAAGAGUCAAAGGCAAACUUAGUUUUUAUAAACAGAAUAAAGCACUAAUUCCGCUUUGUGAAAAAAAAGAGAAACUUGUCUACAUUUCUCACUGUGCAACAACAAAUAAAGAUAUUGAAAAAGUAUUGCGUUUAGCAGAACAACUUUAUUCAAUUUCAAAUGUUCAAGUUUGCAUUGAUCUAUGUAGUCAAAAUGAAAUUAUUGAUUGUGGGGGUUUGUCACUAUGGAUACCAGAACAUCUAAGUAUUGCUGAUAAGAUCAUUAUGGUUUUAUCGCCUUCUUACUUAAAGGCGAUGACAUCUCGGAUAGCAGCAGAGGAAAUAAUUUGUAAAGUUAACAUGGAAGCAGAUUUAAUAAGAAAGCUUUUAUACAACAGUUGUCAGCGUUCCUCCCAACUUGCCGUUGUACUCGAUGGUAUAAAAAAAGAAGAUACCCCUGCUGAAUUUAAAGGGCGUGCACAGUUCAGUUUUCCAAAUAGAUAUGAUGAUCUUGACCAAAAUUGGAUUGCGUUGCUUGGUUAUAUGCUAGAUAUGAAUCCUAUAGAGUUCUCUCCAAAAUUAAAGUAGAAAAUAAUUAUAUAAGAUUUUUUCAUUUAAAAUAUAACCUGAUUUAAUGUUACUUUUUGUAUAUAAAAGAAACUUUAAAUAUUA